UCAGAAGAGAGCAGCGCGUUGCCGUGGUAACCCGGGCCCAACGCCGAGCCGAGAGGCUGCCCGAGGCCGUCAGGAGGAGGUUUGAAUGAAGUGACUCCAGAAACCCAACAUUGAGGGGAAGAGCACCUGACUGAAAAAUGGCCUUUGCUCCAUCCAAGAUCAUGAAUGGCCCCAAAAUGCAGACAAAGAUGAGCACAUGGACACCGCUGAACCACCAGCCCACUAAUGACAAGGUGUUUGAAGAAAGAGGAGAAUUACUCGGCAAAUGGUUUGACAAGUGGACGGACAAUCAGCGCCGCAGGAUCCUGCUGGGCCUGUUUGAGAGAUGCUCACUGUCACAGUUGAGGUUCUGCCAGCAGCAGCUGUGGAGCAGAGUACCUGCCGAGGCUGUGGACCUGGCCUCUUUCCUCCCCCGAGUGCUGUCUUUGUACAUCUUCUCCUUCCUGGAUCCUAGGAGCCUUUGCCGCUGUGCACAGGUCAGCUGGAACUGGAAGCACUUGUGUGAGCUGGACCAGCUGUGGAUGCCCAAGUGUGUGAGGCUGGGCUGGUACAUCAACUUCCCACCCACUCCCUUUGAGCAGGGGAUCUGGAAGAGGCAUUACAUCGAGAUGGUGAGGGAGCUGAACGUCACCAAGCCAAAGACGCCUCCGAAGGAUGAUUUUGUGGUUGCUGAUGUCCAGCCGCUGCCUAAGGAACCCCUGGAGCACAAGCCAUCCCCGGCACCGGGGUCUCGAACCCCAUCUGGGAGAGCGAAGCGGGAGUUGCCACCCUGGCGAGGAUCAGACAGACACCCCACUGAUACCAUACGAUUCAAUUACCUGGACAACUACGAUCCCAUAGAGCAAGCCAGACAAGCGAGAAAAAAAGGAGGUGGGUUGACCCCUGACCUCAGCCAGCAGGCAUAUGAACGGAAGCAACGCCUGUCUUCACCAAACUACAAAAUGCGGAAAGUGAAAUCACUGAUGUCUAUGUCCCUCGACUUUGCCUCAGGACAGAGGGGUCCUGUCCGCCCACACUGGGCAGGCCACGGUUCAGCAGGUUACCCUGUGUCCCGGGACACGGCCAAGGCACUGGCCGGCAGGGCUGAGUGGAACGCUGGAGUCAGACCAGGCCCCGUGCGAGUCGGGGCAGCGAGGGUUGGGGCGAAAGGGGAGAGCGUUUCACUGCACAUUCAGAGGAGCUCAGUUUCUUCUCCGCAGUUUGAGGGUCAUCACUGGCGAGUGCCUGAGUCGGAGAAAGGGUCAGACGAAGAGUAAAGCCAUUCUGUGCAGAUACACAGUGCUGACUGGGGCCUCACUAUCGUCCGGGCACAGUAACCUGUGGAGAGUCUGAGCUGGACUGACAAGAGGACAGUGGGCUGUCUCUGGGGAGGACCAGAGCAAGGAGAGCCAGGACUGAACUUCCUAAAUCUCCUCAAUUUUUUAUUUAAAAUGUGUGGAAAUUCUAUUCUUACUAAAUUCUUAUCUAAACGAACGGGACAAGAAUUUAGAGCACGCUUUUGUGUUGUGGCUGGAAUCACAAAUGGGAUCCGGAAAAACACAGACUGGGUGUGGGGUUAGGGUUGCAACAGAAAAGAGUUUCUCCCCGGGUCCUGGACAACAAUUCUCCAGAUAAUUUUGUGUCACAGAUUUCUCUCAGGACCUUUCGUUGGGCACUACAUAGCAAGCAAGUUUGCUUCCCUAAGGCACAGUCACUUGACAUGGAAAUUCACUCUCU